CAUUGAUUGCUUUGCUCUAAACCUAUAGGCAACAUGUACUGGCGACAGGACUUUGAUGAGACUUGAGCACACCUUGGUCAGGUAUUAGUUCCGCUCGUGGCGACUAUAAAGAGGCGAUGGCCGUGCUGGAAGCUGGCACAAAGCAGUCGUACCACUCCCAAGUUAUACUAUGGCUGAAACGCAUCAAGACAAGAAAACUGGUGAAGUUGUGGGGCCCUCAGGGCCCAACGUCGAGACCUUGCACGCCGUCGAGAGUUUCGAAGUCGGAACAUUGGAAGAAAGCAGCGGCGAUGCCAUUGAUGAUGCGAUGCUUCGGGCUCAAGGGUAUAAAGCUGCUAUGCCCCGCGUCUUCUCGAUAUUGUCGUCCAUUGGGCUAUGCUUCAGCAUUACAAACUCCUGGGUCGGUGCACUCAGCAACUUCGGCCAGGGACUUCGAUAUGGUGGACCUCAAGUUGUCAUCUUCUCCUUGAUUGUCGCCACGUUUGUUCAAUGGAUUAUCACUUUGGGCCAAUACCACUUCGUGUACAUCCUUGCUGCGCCAAAGUACAAGCGCAUCAGUGCUUUUGUAACAGGCUGGAUGUCCGUCCUUGCAUGGUGGAUUAUGACGUGCUCUGGUUUGUCUCUCUGUGCAAUUUCUGCCACUGGAUUGGCGGCAUUCAUGUACCCGUCCUACGAACCCACGAGCUGGCAAAUCUGGCUGGUAUACGUCGGCAUGGCUAUCUUCUCUGUCAUACCACUUUUCAUCUUCCCCAAAUUUCUCACAAAGCUCGCGACUGGAUCUCUCUACCUGACAAUUAUUGGAUUCGCGGUCUGGUUUAUCGUUCUCCUAGCCAUGAAAAAGGAAAGCAACCCUGGAUCCCUGAUGACUGAGUCUGGGCUCGGGAGCAGUGGAUGGAGUUCAGGGACCGCGUGGAUGCUUGGUAUCUCAAACGCAAUGUAUUGCUACGGCGGCACUGAUGCGGCCAUCCACAUCGCAGAAGAGAUGCAUUCGCCUGGUCGCCAAAUCCCGCAAGCCAUGAACUUGACCAUGCUCAUCGGGUUCGUUACAUGCGUACCCAUCAUGGUCGUCUUCAUGUUCGUCAUGAAGGACAUGGACAAAAUCAUGAACGCCGGCUUUCCUGCCGCUGAACUAUUGUAUGAGGCCACUGGUAAUAGACCGGUCACCAUCUUCCUGACUGUCUGGUUGAUCUUGAUCUAUAUCUCAUGCCUUCCCCCUCAGUUUGUCGAAUGCGGACGCAUUGGCUGGGCAUUCGCACGCGACAAUGGUUUGCCAUUCUCGAACUAUUUUGCUCACAUCGAUGAGAAGCUGGCAUUUCCUGUGCGGACCACUCUCGCAUCAGUCGUCUUCACUGCAAUCUAUGGCUUGCUAUACCUCGCUAGCUCGACUGCCUUCAACUCCAUCAUUACCUCGGCUGUCUUGUUUCUCAACAUCACUCUGGCACUUCCUCAGGCUAUCCUGGUCAUACGUGGACGCAACACACAUCUCCCUCGUCGAUAUGUGAACCUUGGCUGGGUGGGGUAUUUCUGCAACAUCUUUUCACCUCUCUGGAUCAUCGUGCUCACUGCAUUGGUCUGUAUGCCGCCUUCCAUACCAGUGGAGGUUGGAACCAUGAACUACACAUCGCCCAUCCUUGUCGGUCUGUUUGCUAUUGUGAUCGGCUCAUGGUUUAUCUACGGUCACCAAUUCGAGGGACCCAAGAUCGAUUGGGAAAUGCUCAAUGCCACCCAUGAACUUGCGGGAGAAGGUACUAGCAAAAAGGACAAACAGUAAAGUUUGCGUGGAAGGGAGCCUAG